CUGAAGCUGGUGGGGAUGACAGUUGCUUCAGGCAACCCUGGGGAGGACGGAGUAGGGGGUAAAAUCCCAGCAAAGGCCUGAACUGAAUGGAGGGUUACUCUGGCUCUGAGUGCGACAGAGUGUCUGAGAUUUCCUCCUCUAUAGAGGAUGACGUUCCCGAAGGGUUGGUGGAGCCCCAAGAAGUGGCGGAGCUGACUAACAGUUUAAAGGAGAUUAUCCAUAAUGAAGAUGUGAAACCCAAGCUACAAUGCAUCAUGUCCGACCCUUCCUUUUCUGUGGUAACAGUUCAAAGUGAAGAUAGUGGAAUAACAUGGGAAACCAGCUCAAGCAGAUGUUCCACUCCCUGGGCCUCAGAAGCAAGUGCUACUUCUGAUCUUUGUAGUGUUGAAAGUUCAUCUGUAGAUUCUCCCCCAGGGAAAGUUAUCUUUCUCAUGGAUGAAGGUAAGACUGUCCGGAAAAGGAUGUGUAAAUCAUCAGAUAGGACAUCAGACUUGAAGAGAGGUCAGGGCAGCAAAAAGAGUGACUUGUCCGGAAUGCAGAUGCAAGAAUUAAGAGAUGCUCCCACAAAAGUGCAGGAUGCUAAGUUAAAUGCUGCUCAACUGGAAACACAAGCUAUGGAUGCAGAAACUUCAAAAGAUAAAGAAGAUUUGCUAGACAUUACAGGGGAACCAGUGUCAGAUGCUUCAAUUGCCUCAAAGUUCAUGGGUAAAGAAAAUAAACUGAAAAAAGGAAGGCCAGCCCUUAAUGGAGCUGUAAGAGCUAAAAUCCAGAAGUUCAAUUCAAUUUCAGAAGAAGAAACGCCAAAAUUUUUCCAAAAGAAGGGUAGUAAAGAUCCAACUGUGCCAUCAGAUAUAAAAAGGAAGCAGAAACAACAGCACAAAGGAUUCUUAAAUCAAAGCCUUUCCUCACCUUCUUUGGUGCAUCUUGAAAAGAAUUGCACUGAUAGGGGUGAUGGUUCACUUCAUAAUAUAAAACAUGUCAAAAUGAAUAUUGAAUCUAGCAGUUUUUCAAAUGAUAAAGAAGAGAGAAAAGAGACACAGUCUUCUCCAGCUGAGACUGUACAUGAGACAUCAGAGCAGUCAUUGUCUUUUUCAUCAUACCUUACUGAGGAAGAAGGGAAACAGGAAAUCCACACAAGUUCACCUAUGCCCGUAACAUCAAUAUCAGAAUGGUCAAUAUCUGAGCCAUCAGAUCUUAUGGAUAUAGCAGAGAGAGAAGAAAUACAGCCCUUUCCUUCUGAGACUACAAAUGUAAUCUCAGAACAGCCACUGUCCAUUACACCAUCUCUUAUUGAUGAAGGAGAGAACCAGGAAAUUCAGCCUAAUUCAUUUUUGGCCACAAAGACCAUUUCAACAGAUUGUAUUAAUGAACCAGAGGGGCAAGCAACUCAACCUUAUGUGCCUAUAUCUACAGAAUCUGUCUCUGAACGUUCUAGUUCAUCACAUACUGGUGAGGAAACAGAGAAGCAAGAAAUUCAGUUUUAUUCACCUGUGACUACACAGUCGGAGCCUGAACAUUCAGUUUUAUCUGAAAUAAAAAAGCGUGAUAUUAAACCUUAUCCACCUAUAACUGCACAAUCCGAAUGUGAACAUCCAGAUAUAUCAUAUUCCAUCGAGGAAGCAGGAAAGCAAGAAAUUUAUCCUUAUUCGCCUGUAAUUGCACAACUGGAAUCUGAACAACCAGAUAUAUCAUACUCUACUUGUGAAACAGAGAAACAAGAAACAGAGCAAUUGGAGUCUGAACAUUCAGACCAGGAAGAUAUCCAGCCAAACACUCCCAUAAUUGCUCAGUCAGAGUCUGAACAUUCAGAUCUAUUCUAUUCCAUUGAAGAAGCAGAAGAGCAAGAGUCUUAUUCACCUGCAGUUGAACAACUGGAGUUUGAAAAUGUAGAUUUAUCAUAUCCUGUUGAUGAAACAGAAACACAAGAAAGUCAAUAUUAUUCACAAGUAACUGCAGAACCAGAGUCUGAGCUUUCAGAUUUGUCAUAUUCCAGCAAUGAAGCAGAGAAACAAGCUGCACAAAUGGAGUGCGAACAUCGAAUUUUAUCACAUUCCAUAGAAGAAGCAGAGAAUGAAGAAAUUCAGCCGUAUUUACUUGUACCUGCACAAUUCGAGUCUGAACAUCUAGUUUUAUCUGAAACAGGGAGUGAAGAAAUUGAGCAUUAUUCACCCACAACUCCACAAUUGGAAUCUGGUCAUUUAAUUUUAUCAUAUCCUAUUGGAGAUACAGAAAUCCGAGAAAGUCAAUGUUAUUCACGUGUACCUGCAGGACUGGAGCCUGAACAUUCACUUUCACAUUAUUCAGUUGAUGAAGUAAUUCCGCAAGAAAUUCAAUCUUCUUCACCUGUAACUGCACAAUCUGUGCCUAAACACUUAGUUUUGUCACAUUCCAUUGAUGAUGAAGAAAAGCAAGACAUUCAGCCAUAUAGACCCAAGCCUGCAAAAUCAAAGUCUCACUCUUUAGCUUCAUCAUAUGACACUGAUGAAGCAGAGAUGCGAGAAAUUCAGCUACAUUCACCUAAAAUAGAAAACCUGAUGUCUGAACAGUUAGUCACUGUGCCACUAAUGCAUACUGGUGACAGAGAUGGGCAAGAACUUCAAGCUUAUUCACUGGGCACACAAUACCUGCUGUCAGCACAGUUAACAGCUCCUUCUCCCAUCUUCACUGCUGAAAGUGAUAAGCAAGAAAUACAACCUGAUGCACAUGAAGUGCCAGACUUGGUUUCAGAAGUGUUGAACUUUUCAGCUGGUUCUAUUAAUGAAGAAGAGAAGUAUGAUAUUCAUUCUUCUUUGCCUGACACAGAAUAUACGUCACCUGAACAAUCAAUGGCUGUUUCAUCAGACUUUGUUGAUGAAACCAUGAUGCAAGAAAAUCAGUCUUAUUCAGCUGAAGUAGACAGUUUCCCAUCAACACAGUUAAAAACAACCUUAGUUAGGCCUUUUAAUGAAACAGAGAAUCUAGAAAUUCAAGCCUAUGCUUUUGAGGAAACUGCUUUGUUGUCAGAAAAGUCAAAAACUGGCUCAGCUGAUCCUACAAAUAAUAACGAAGCAGAGAAGCAAGAAAUUCAGUCUUUUCCAAAUGAAGCUGAAUACUUUGAAUCAAAACAAUUUCCAGGUAGACUUCAGACAGCACAUACAGCCCAAAGUACUAAUGAGAAUAAAUCAGACAUGACAAUGGUAUCUGAUUUUGUUUCAAAUGAAGCUUCCUGUAAUCUCCUAUCAGAGCCCAUUAAUGAAACCCACACACAUAAUUUAUACUCCUCACUACCAGGUAAUCCAGUCUCAGAUAAAACUGUAAAUAAUGUAACAGUAACUAGCACUGGAGACCUUUCAACAGCAGAAGAAGUACAGCAUUUUUCAAAUGUAGAAGCAGGGUCAAAAGAGCCUGAACAUUAUCUACCGAGAGAAGAGAAAUUAACAGAACAUGUGAACUCUGCAGAAGAAUCCAAAUAUACUCCAGAACCUGAUGAACAAAAAGAUAUGUUUAAUAUCAUUUCAGAAGGCUAUGAGAUAUUGAACAUUCAUGCUGUCCCACUCAUUUCUUCAGUGGAUGAAGAAGAAAGCAAACACAUGCCAGAUAAACUAGAAUACUUAGAAACAAAUACUCUCAUUAAAACAAAACUGUUUGAUUGUGGUGACCAUGAAGCAUCAGCAUAUGGAACAGCUACAGAAAUUUCAGAAAACUCAGUGACAGAUGACACCGGAGUUAAAGAUAUGGAACAAAAAGAACUUGUUGAAGUAGAUGCUCAGGAAAUUGUAGAAACAGAGGAGGAAAUUUCCACUGUGUCAGAAAAUAAAAGUGGCGAAGUUUUGAAUCCUAACGAGAGUACCAUUGAGAUGGAUUAUUUUGAAAAGUAUACUUUGAUUGAUGACAAAUCCCCCACUGAACUAUCUUCCUUUGAUGCUGUAAUGACAAACCCUAAGAAACAUACAGAAGAAACCAUCUCUUCAACUGGAAAUUCUGAUGUUAAUACUUCAGAAGAUGAAUUUACUUUACUAGAUAAUGACUUAGAUGAAGCCUUUUAUGGAAUGAUAGAACAAGAAAGCAAGAUGCAGUCUCAUGCAGAUGCUCAGAAAUUUUUGACUAUGCAAAAAUCAAUUGACUGUAGUAAAAAAGUGAUAAAUAUAGAAGAUGAACAGAAGUUAGCAGGCACACCCUUAUUUGAUACAGAAGAAGGAGUGUUAGAACGGUCUAUGUUGUUUCCCACAUCAGUCAGCGCAAUUAACCCAGAACUUCUAGAGGAGCCACCUGCACUGGCAUUUUUAUACAAGGACCUCUAUGCAGAAGCAGUGGGAGAAAAUGCAAAAGGUGAAAAUGAGCCUCCUUCUGAUGAAGACAGUGGGAAUUCUGAUGCAUCUUUUCCUAGAAAUUCUGACACAGACGAUGAAACUGGAAUAUAUUUUGAAAAAUACAUUCUUAAAGAUGAUAUUCCUUGUAAUGCAGCUGGGUCUCAAAAAGAUCAAGUUUCAAAAGCUCAGUCUAUUAAUAAAGACCUGUCAGGCCAACUGAGGGUUUCAGGAGACAAACAUAAGGAUUUUUAUGAGGUAAUUGAAAAGGAGCAGCAAUCUGUUCAUAUUUUAUCUGAAGAAUCCACCAAAACCCAGGUCUUGUCAGAAGGGGAAAUUGUGGCGGGAGAGAGAAUCCCGUUUAUUACUUAUAUUAAAGUAACAAUUUGUCAACCAACUCAGGCAGUUCCUUUUGGAAGCAAGCUUAAUGUUUCAGAUGCAAGAAAUGAUCCCACUGGUCAACAAGAAGAAGAAAAUGCACCUGCAGCAACACAUGAGGAAUUGUCAGAGCAAAUGAGUCAUGAAGAGUCCAGUCAAGUACUGGAUUCUGAGGUAAUUGCUAAUCAAAAAGAAGCAUCUGUGCAAGAUAAAUCAAAGACAGUAACUCCUCAAACAGAUGAGCGGAAAGACGAACAUGAAAUAGCAACAGUUAAUAAAAUGGAUAAUUACAUGCCUCAUGGAAGAACACCUGUUGAUGAAAGUGAAAGCAAUCAAUAUGUUCGUACUCCUCAGAAACCAGAGCAAUUAAUUUCAUAUUUGAAUAAUCACCUUCAACCCAUGACAAAAGAGGCAUAUGAUUUAGACCAUGAUCAUUUUGAAAGUGUGAACAACGGGGAAAAAUAUCUAUUUGAUACAGAUGAGCAGACAAAUGAAAACAGAGUCCGAGAAAACAUUGCCAACAAUAUAGGAAAGCAUAACCUAGAAGUAGUUAAGACUGGCCUUCCAGAACCUGGAGUAAAGUUUGAUAAGGCAUCAGGUGAUUUAAACAUACAGCCUUUUAGACGUGAUUUCGAUAACCUUCCAUCAGAUUCAACAAGAGAGGAGCAGUGCUUGGAGACUGAUGAACAUCUUGCUGAGUCAAUGGUUUAUGAAGUGAUUACCCAAGAAGAACUUUUGCAAGAUGAAAUAUCCUCUGAAUUGGCACAUGAAGAUUUAUUGUUUGAAGACAGGGAAUCGUUUGAGCAGAUUAGCUAUAGUUAUGAAUCUGUAAAUGAGACAGAGCAAGAGAUACCCAUUGAACAAGAGGAUUCAGGCUUUGUGGUGAUGAAUUCUGAAAAAUCAUCACUCGACAUAUCUGAAAGUGAGAGUCAACAAAAAGAAGUUAAGAAGGCCCAUGUUGAUACUUAUUGCUGCCAGUGCAGGUGCCCAAUUUCUGCUAUUGACAAGCUUUUUGGGGAGCAUGAAGGCCAUGAUGUGACAACACUGGACACUGCUGUAAUGGAUAUGAAGGAUCAAUUAGACGAAUUUCUAGGAGAGUUACAGCAAAGGUCAGUGAAGUUUGAGGAGUUGGUUAGUGAAAUAGAAAUCCUGUUUAAAUCUGUUGAGGAAAACAGUAAAAAAAAUGAGCAGUUUUUAGAAGACCAAAAUGAAGAGAUGGUUAAGAAAGUGAUAGCCCAGUAUGAUGAGAUGUCCCAGAACUUUGAGGAAUUGAAGAAGAUGAAAAUGGAAUACUUGUAUGACCAGAUGGUUAACUUUCAGCAAAGUAUUGUUGAGGUGAAGGAAACCUUAGAGACAACUGUAACAGAAACUGAAGAACUUGAUGAUGUUGUUUUCCUAAAUUUAUCUAAAGAAAUGAAUAAAAGGUUACUUUCUGCAAUGGAUAAAUCUCUCUCACUAGAAAAAAUGCCCAGUGCAUUUUCACUUUUUGACCAUUAUGCAGACGGUUCAGUGAGAAGUGACCAGAAUACCUUAAAAUGUGUCACUGUUCCACAGACUCCAAAAUUGCUACCUCAGGAACCAAACUCUGCUACAAGCACAUCAAUUGCAAUCUAUUGGACUGUGAGUGAAGGAGACAUCAUUGAUUGCUUCCAGGUGUACUGCAUGGAGGAGCCUCAACCGAACAAAGUUCAAAGUGCCUUGGUGGAAGAAUACAGAGUUACAGUGAAGGAGAGUUACUGCAUUCUGGAAGACCUGGAGCCAGAUCGCUAUUAUGGUGUGUGGGUCAUGGCUGUGAACUAUUCAGGAUGUAGCUUACCGAGUCGCAAAUCCACUUUCAGAACUGCACCCUCUACCCCCUUACUAAAGGCAGAAGACUGUACUGUAUGUUGGGACACUGCCAUCAUCCGAUGGAGCACAGCCAACUCAGAAGCAACAAAGUCUUUCAUGCUGGAGUACUGCAGACAGUACUCUCCUGAAGGAGAGGGUCUCAGAUCUUUUGCUGGAAUAAAAAAGCCUGAACUGCAAGUUAAUUUGCAGCCCAAUGUGAAUUAUUUCUUCUAUGUGAGAGCUGCCAGCUCAUCUGGGACAAGUGAACAGAGUGAAGCCGCCCUCAUCUCAACGAAAGGAACUAGAUUUCAUGUGAUGAGUGACACAGCUCAUCCUGCUUUGCAAGUGUCUUCCGAUGGAACUGUGAUAUGCCUUCCUGAGAAAACUAAAUUCACUGGAAUUCCAUCUGUCCUGGGUGAGCUGCUGCCAGCUCGUGGUCUUCAUUACUGGGAAACCACUGUCACUGGCUGCAAAGGCUACCGGAUUGGAAUCUGCUAUAACUCUACAUCAGAAGGCAGCAACCUGGGGCAGGAUGAUACUUCUUGGUGCAUAUGUUAUUGUUCUACACAAACGAGUUUCAUUUAUAAAUUCUUCCACCAUGGUGUAAUGAGUGAUGUUUACAUGACGGAACAGCCAGCCAGGGUCGGCAUUCUGCUGGAUUAUAAAGCUGGGAGACUUUCAUUCUUCAAUGCAGAGAGGAGACUAGCUCUGUUCACCAUCAGGCACAGAUUUACUAAUGCUGCUCACCCUGCCUUUGUUCUGGAGAAAGCUGGCGUACUUAACCUUCACACAGGAAUGGAACUGCCAGAGUUUGUAAAACACAGCUAAUCUCUUGCUUUCAAACUAUCUGGAAGACAAACCAUUAUAAUUUUUCGGGGGGUGGGGAGAAGGUAUCUGUUUUUCUCUUAGCAAAUGUUACCCGCACCAUUCUCCCAUACAUCAACACUAAUUGUAAUUAUACACAUAGCACUCUGUGCAUGGAGAGGAUAAUAGACUCCCUCCCACUUAGUAUGUAUCUUGUGGUAUAUAUUGAGUUAUUCUCUAAAGGGAAAAGGUGUAUAUUAGAACCGAGCAUUGGGACAGGGAAAGAUAAAUUCAUGAACAGGAACUGCAGUCUUUACUACGAUAGAAAACAAUUACAAUAUUAGCUGAAUUUUUUUACGUUUGAUGAUGAUCUUGUGUAUGAGAUAAGUGCUUCUCUCUUUGAGCUUUAGAAAUCUGCAUUUCUACAGAAAUAAAUGGGCAGAGAAAAUAAGAUCAAAGGGGCAACAUUUUCAAGCCAGCCCCAAACUAGCCUCCAACAUUGCUCUCACAUGUUUUGAAUCCAUAGACUCAACAUUUCCCAUCCGCAUUAUUCAGACAGUCGCAGUUAUUUGAUUUGUGUGCGCAAAUGCCACUUGUAAUGUGAAUAGAUGUUCAGCAAAAAUAUGCAUGUGCAAUUUUGGAGUCCAACGUGUUGCCUGUGUUUCUGGUCCUAAAAUUACUGCCUGGCUGGCUUAAAGGAUAGAUAGGGUCCUAUAGCUUAUGACUUUAGAGUAAAAUUGUCAUCAGCAUUCCUGUGAAUUGUCCCUUUUUCAUCUGUGACAUAAUUGCUGUUGCCUUUGAUCUUACCUUACCCAGGUUCACACUUAUAGAACUCCCCGUAGAUGAUCUCCUUGCCUCUGCUCUAAUCUGUCUUUUUGUCCCAUUUGAGCCUUGUCUCCACUAGCAUUGGGCCCUAGUUAGCAAGCUGCAAUGCUUGGGGGCUAUUGUGAUGAGCUUGCUAGAAAUUGCUAGAUAAGAAGACAAAGAUGGCAUCGGAAUGUGAUUAAACAUUUGCCUGCAGAGCUAUAUUCUGGUAUGAACCCUAGCCAGUGUUAGUUAGAACUGUAUUUCAAAGCACUUUACAAAUCAGCACUAUGGGCCCUUCAUCUCCUGGCCAGAUUCACUGGUGGUGGUGCCAAUGAAGCCCUGUGAACCCCUGGUGUGUAUUGACCUUAAGGGAUGGCAGGCAAUGUGAUGCAUGUUGCCCAUUCUUGUGGUUCCUCACUGGGCUCACUUCUCAUCUCAGUUAAUCCCCGGUACCCUCUGAAGUAAGUGGGGUUUCACAUGUCUGAGAGGAGUUGCUGUUGAAAAUAGUUUUUUAAUUAAUUACAGUUUAGAUUUCUGCUUGUCAAGAUCACAGUUGGUGUCCAAUCUGCAGUCUAUUUUAUUUAUGUUUUGUUUUAGCAGCAUCUAAAAGUGUACUAGAGGCAUCACAAAGAAAUAGUAAGACAUGCUCCAUGUCCCAUAGGGUUUACGCUCUGAUUUUGGUGCAGUGACAGGUGUAACAAAUACCCAGGGAUGGACAAGGUCAGAAUGACAAGAUCACACAGUCAUUUAGUUUAAGCCUGUGCACAUCUUGAUGAGUCAAUUAAAAGUGCUUUUUUGCCUCUAAAAAUUAUUUCUGCUCACUGGGAGCAUCCUGGAAGGAGUGCAUCCGAAGGAGUCUUUUGAAUCGACAGAAGGAUUCAGCUGGCUUGUUGGCUUGGGAGAGGGGAGAGUGUUCCAUGUGUGUGCAGAGGACUGUGUGGAAAAGUAACACAAAGGGGGCACUGAAGGUGGUGAUAUUAUCAGAGCUGAAGGGGCCGGGGGAGGUGGAAAGCAGAAAAAUAGAAUAGAGGGAGAGAGGCUGCGAGGCUAGGUCAGAGAUGUAGGCUGUGUGCAUUCCUAGAGCACCCAGAAAACCAAUGAUUUCACUGGAGAUUUGAGUGCAGAAACAAUACAGGAUUGAGCUUUUAAUAGCUAAAUUCAGAAACUAUUUAUGAAAAUGAAACUAAAUCUGCAAAUCCCAGUUUUCCAGUUAUUUUAUCUGUAAUGUCCUUGUUAUGGUAUAAUUUUCCACUCUGAACCUUAGCAUCCAAAAGAUGGGGUACCAGCAUGAAUUUCUCUAGCUCAAUUACCAGCUUAGUACUUGUAGCAUUGCCACCAACCAGGAAUUUCAGUGCCUGGUACACUCUGGUCCCCCCAAAACCUUGCCCGAGGACCCCCAAGACCCAGACCCUCUGGAUCUUAACACAAGGAAAGUAAACCCUUUCCCUCACCGUUGCCUUUCCCAGGCUUCCCCUCCCUGGGUUACCCUGGAAGAUCACUGUGAUUCAAACUCCUUGAAUCUUAAAACAGAGAGGAAAAUUCACCUUCACCCCUCCUUCUCUCUCCCCUCCCAGACUCUCCCUGAGAGAGAAAGUAAUCCUAACACAGAGAGAAAUUAACCUUUCUCUCCCCCUUUCCUCCUUUCUCCCCACCAAUUCCCUGGUGAAUCCAGACCCACUCCCCUGGGGUCUCACCAGAAUAAAAAAAACAAUCAGGUUCUUAAACAAGAAAAGCUUUUAAUUAAAGAGAGAAAAACAGUAAAAAUUAUCUUUGUAAAUUUAAGAUGGAAUAUUUUACAGGGUCUUUUAGCUAUAGACACUGGGAAUACCCUCCCAGCCUAAGUAUACAGGUACAAAUUAAAAUCCGUUCAGCAAAAUACACAUUUGAACUCCUUCCAGCCAAAUACACAUUUGAACUCCUUCCAGCCAAAUACACAUUUGCAAAUAAAGAAAACAAACAUAAGCCUAACUCACCUUAUUUACCUAGUACUUACUAUUUUGAACUUAUAAGAGCCUUUAUCGGAGAGAUUGGAGAGAAACCUGGUUGCACGUCUGGUCCCUCUGAGCCCCCAGAGUGAACAACCACCAAACACUAACAGCAUGCACAAAAACUUCCCUCUCUCAAGAUUUGAAAGUAUCCUGUCCCCUGAUUGGUCCUCUGGUCAGGUGGCAGCCAGGCUCACUGAUUUUGUUAACCCUUUACAGGCAAAAGAGAUAUGAAGUACUUUUGUUCUAUUAACUCUUACUUACCUCUUUAUGACAGUCCUCUACUACUUGUCAUCGCUGCAUCCUUGCAGGGCAGCUGUGUCCCGCGAGCCAAGGGUAGCUUCAUUUAUCAGCAAUGCCAUGAUGUAUUGCAGGGUGGACAAAUCAAGGUUAAGGAGAGCAAGAAUGGCAAAGAAAACCAAAAACACUUUUUGUGACAAACUAGGAUCUUUCAGGCUAUAUUUACAAAUGACAAAACAAAGCCUUGUUUAUAACCAUUCAUUGUUGUGCAGGUAGUAUUAUAAUAGCCCUUCUAGAUCAAAGGCUUUUUCGAAAUGGUUCCAAUUAUACAAAUACAAGAUCUCUGUCUGUCUUGAAGGACUACCUGAUAGGGUUCCUGGAUGUACUGUACAAUUCCAGUUAUCCAUAUUCCCUUUAUCCAAAAAUCCUAGUUAUCCAAAUCCAGUGUGUCCCCCAUGUAGUCCUGUGUUCAAAAUAGCACUUCCAUUUAGCUGAACACUUGGUUAUCCAAAAUGUUCAGAUGUCCCCCAGGCCAUUUAGCUAAAUGGAAGGGAACAGUAUUUUUAUAUUUACGUUUUUAAACUUCAGUUUUGACCUUGGAUGCCCAUGUGCAUAGCACCAAAAAGUGAAAUGUGUUUACAGGACUUACAAGUAAGUUGUGUCCAAAAUUUAGAUUUGACGAGGAUUUUGCCAUUUGCCUACUGCAAAAGCUAGACCUGUCAAACGUAAGAAGCGAUGGUUAUGGGUUGAUUCUAACCAGUAUACCGGUAUAUCUCUAUGCUUUUGUUAUUUGCAUACUUCUGUCUGAAAACAGAAGAUCUGGAGCAUCUUUCAUUAGUAAUAUAUUCCAAAUAAAUCUGGAAAUAUCUAAAACAGAUGAACUGGUCGGAUGCAAAAUAAAUAUAGAACUAUCUGCCCACCUGUGACUUUACACCUCUUCAAAGAAAAUUAACGAAACAAAUGCAAAAUCCAGCAUGCAACACAUCAUAUGAAGCUGUGAUUCUCCCUGGUAGAUUUUAGGUCAGAGUUUGUUUCAGUUAAAUCCAUGUGCAUGAUAGCAGAAUUUAGCCCUCUGGAUUUAUAAAUUUAAGUAAGGGUUCUACUCAUCCACAUACACGAUGAAAUCUCAACUUAAUUGUUGUGAAUGGCAAAAUUCUCAUAGGCUUCAGUGUGGCCAGGAUUUCUCAAACAGUCUAUAUGUUUUCUGUGAAGUAUGUGGAUAACCUUAAUUUAACCAAUAAUUCAAGAAUAAUGCAGUACAGAUUACUAAAAUGUGUGUACAAUGUCUAUUUAAUUGACCUGUUUCAAAGUACCACAUGUGAGAGAAUGCAAUAGAACAUUGAAUGCUGGUAGGAAAAGGAUAAAUAUAUUUAAAUGGUGAAAAGCAUGUUGAUUAAAAACAAUUAGUUCUUGGGUUAUAUACAUUUUUGUUUGCAGCUGUCAGGAACUGUCUAUAAGAAAUGGGGAGCAAGUUAUACAUAUUUGAUGUCCCCUCUGAUGUUGGAUACUUUUGUUUUUUGAGCUGUCAGUGUUUAUUUUUUGCAUAAUGCUAGUCUCAAUUACUAAUCUGGUCCACAUUAAUUAAUAUUGAUUGAACAAAGCUUGGAAGCUCAUCCUAGCUUGGAUAGCCAGAACAAAGCACAUGGUAAAUAAAAUGCAUUGCCCAAGACUUGUAAGCAUACAUAUUGGUUAGAGAUUUACCAAAUUUACAAGAAGCACAGAUGUUGAAAUCCCACAAUAUGAUCUGCCAAAACACAGCAGUAUGCAGUGUAAACUCUGCUGCCCUUAAGAACCUAGAGAUGCAGUUAUGGGCUUUUUGUAUUUGCUUUUGUGACUACAGGCCAGAGAUGAGCUCCUAGAAUUUAUUUACCAGAAUGUGCUUCUGGUGUAAGUUUGAGUAUAAAAUAUAGUCACUCUUGCUUUUCGCUAUGCAGUGUAUUGAAUCAAGAUGUUGGGGCUUGUUACACCCAUUUUUCUGGCUACUGUGAUUAAUAGCUACCUAUACAAAAACAAGAUCCAAGUAAAUAAAUUGCUAAUAUUCUUGAUGAUGUUUUUGUUUAAUGAUGCAUUAUAACUGUGUGAAUUAUUUUUUAUGCAUAGGCUGCUAGCUCAGCUGGUAGUGGCUGAGACAUUUUUCCAAAUGCUAAUGAGUUUAUGCAAUAUGUGUACACAGUCUGUUCAUCAUUCCACGCUUACCAUUGCACAGGUGCACUUCAGAGUCAAGACAAUGCAACAGUAAGAAACUAAGGAUGCUCAAAAUACUCUGAGGUGUAUUUUUAUCUUGAGGCAUGAGGAUUUGCACUUGCAGCUGUUAUUAGCAUUAGUUAAUAUUUAGCCUGAGCCAAAGCCCACUAAAUGCAUUGGAAAGAGUCCCGUUAGCUUCACUGGGCUUGGAUUAGGUCUAUAAAUCCUUGUGCUUGGAGGUAAGAAUAUAUGCCUGACUAUAAGAGAUGAUCAUUAAUUUCUAUUGUCAAAAACAAGUGCUGAAUGGGACUUUCACUAGUAUAGAUAGUAUUGAUCUGCAAAUCUCACUUAGGCCUUUCUAUUCCAGAAAAAAACCUAAAUGCUUCAUUUCAAUGUCAGCUUGUAAUAGUAUAUAUCAAAUAGAACUUGCUUUUAAGAGUGCACUGCAGAGCAUAUGGGGGCAGGGGUGUCUAUGAGUAAUAAUUUCCUCUUCUGUUGCAGUCAGUACUUUUUUUUUUAAGGGAAACAUCACUUACGUUUAAAUUUCUUUGUUCUAAAGAUGAUCUAGAGAGACCUUAUUUUUGAAAUAUGGAAGAAAGAAAAAAAAUACACUAUGGAUUAUGUAUCAGAGGGGUAGCCGUGUUAGUCUGGAUCUGUAAAAAGUGACAAAGGGUCCUGUGGGAUCUUAUAGACUAACAGACGUAUUGGAGCAUAAGCUUUUGUGGGUGAAUACCCACUUUGUCAGAUGCAAUUAUGGAUUAUGGAAUUUGAUUAUGGUAUCACCAAGCCUAAUUUAUGACAUGUAGGUGCUAAAUCCACAUUAUUGUGAUGUUUUCUUUGGUUUAUGAGUGAGCUACACAUUCUUAUUGCCACUGUAAGGUUGGGUUGUUUUUUUAAUAGCAUAUAAAGACUAAAGUGAAGUUAGAUUAAUUUGGAAUUUUCCUCUUCCAAAAUCAUUCACAGACUGGGACUUCAGAUAGGUUGAGGGUUAAUCUGGAUUUUGAAAAUAGCAAUACAUGUUAUAGAAUCACUAAUCUGCAUAAAGAAGCUAGAUCCUAUCAGAUUAUUUACCUGACCCGCCAGGAAAAGUAAAGGCCCUAUUCUGCCUUCAACAGUGUGUUGUGCAAAUGAGUUUCAAAGUUCAUUGUAACGGAGAUAUUUUUGCUUAUGCUCUGCAUACCAGAGGGUAGCGUUCUCUGGUCACGGACCACAUCUCAUUGCAGUUCCUCAUGAGGCACAACAUGUGGGGAAUGGAGCAGAGAUUCCCCCCAAACGGAAGAAUUGUCCCAAUUAUAGCUAAGUCAUCAGGUGAAAAAUGUAUAGUUUAAAGUAUUGUUCUACUCUGAAAAAUGACUGUGUAUAAAUGGCACCUUCUUAAACAGCAUGUAUGUUGCCUGAGUGUGUUCAGAGAUGCAUCUGCUCAUUUUACUGACAAAAAUACAUGUUCACUUAUUUUUGGUUUAUUGUGGCUAACCCUGCAGAAUCAAUGCUGUUAAUGAUGAGUGAUGUUAAUAACUGGAGUCUAUUAUGUGUUAUGCAUCACCAGAUGUGGUAGCUAAAUUCCAAUCAGCUAUACCUUUACAAAUCCACAAGACCAGGGGAUUGCACAGAUGUAACUAGGGGCAUAAUAUUCCUUGCAGAAUCUUUAUUUCAGGUGAUAAGGCACAAGGAGGAGUGAACCCAGUAUGACUUUCAGAGCCUAAUCUGAGUUUGCAGGGCUGACUAUGAGAAAAAUCAUCUUUCUGCUUGUAAGUCAAGUACAUAUUACAUAUUCCAGUCCUGUGAGGUGCUAAAAUCCUCCUGAGAGGUGCUUAGCAGACUUGGAUCAUGGGACAUGAUAAAUAUAUCAUCUCACACAUCCAUUUUCAGAGAAACUUUUCAGAGCAGAACUGCAUCUUCAGGUAAAAUUAAUUAAGGUUAUCUGUAACCAUGUACUAGUUAUCUGCCUGUUUUCCUUAUGUUUCCUCAACUAGACCUAUCAAAAUUCACACUCAUAAAGUCAAGAAGCCCCACUGAAAUUAUACAAAUAUUAUUAUGUAGACUAAAACUAGAGGAAAAAAUAGUUUACAUGCAACUCCCAUAACACACACAGUUGUUUAUGUGCUGAUUACAUAAUAUUAAGGAAUCAUGAUGCAGUUAUUUCUUAUACAUGUAUAUUUUCUUAUCUCUACUAUUAAUUAAAUGCCAUAUAUAAAGUUACUAUUUACAUGGAUACUUUCUAGAUUUAUCAUACUGCCAGUGCUUAAUAAAUAAAUGUUGAUUAUUUUAUCUUUAAAAAGGUGAGAUUUUCUUUCCAUUCACAUUUCCAUCUCUUGCUUUAAAAAUAGUCAGUCAAAGAUUUUUCCUUAUUUCAGCUAAUAGCACGUUUUAUAUAGGAGCAUAAGACAUUACACAGAUGUUUGUAUAACUCUCAUCACCAUAGUAUCAGAGCACCUUUGAGUCAGGGGCAUCUCUGGGGAAAAGGAAGUGUCUGUCAUAGCUGUGGGUCUGUGCCUGCAGAACAUAUUUUUAUAAAACUCCCAUUGAAGUUUCAGGACUGCAAGACUGGGCCCCAUAUGUUUAUUUACAAAUUACUGCAUGAGAGUCUAAACUACGCUUCCUGAAGAUAAGAGUGCACAAGUAAAUCACCAAAAAGAAGAAAAGGGCCAAAUCCCUCUUGUCUUACUCCAGGAGGUAAUUUCAUUAAAGUGUAUGAGAGGAUUUGGCCCAUUUAGUGUCACACUUUUGCUUCCCUUGUGCAUGCGUAACAAGCUGGACAGUUACUCUUCAUUGCUAGUUUAUAGCAUUUUUGCUGCUUUUUUUAAAGAUCUCCAUUACCGGCCAAAUAAGGAAGAUGCUAAAACCCUGAGUGGUUAUAAGCACUUCUCUUUAAAAUCAGCUAUUUUUCAAAGGAAGCUAGAAUUAAUUAGUGCAACUCUCUGUUAACAAAUACAAUCUUGAUAUUGAGUUAAGCAGGUUGGUUUGAUCUUCUGGAGUUUAAAAUAGUAGUGAGCUCAUCUCUUAGCAACUGAGCUAAGGGCUGGCAGUUAAGCUUCUUUUAAAAUAUAGAGCUAUUAAAGUGAUUGAAUUAUCUGCAUUUCAGAUUUUAAAAACUAACACAUCUAGAAUUUUCAUUUUGUGUAGACAGUACUGUGGAAUCUGUAACACUACAUACCUUGUGGAUAGUAAUGAAGCUUUUAGAAUGAAGUCUCUCAGUCAUGACUCUGGAGUAGAAAUACCUGGAUCUACGUGUUUUAAAGGUGAUGCAUAUUGUGUGGCCAAAAUUCCCCCUCUCUAAACUGCAUUGACUUUCUCUUAUCUGCAGUGCAGAGGUAAUAGAGAGAAUUAAAGGUUUUAGUGUAGUGGGCUAAUGUAAAGCCACAGAUGUGUGCUUUAAUGAGAUGCUGAUAAGGAGGCAUGUUAAAAAACAUAAGGACCACUAAAGAUGUGGAAGGGGAAGUUAGCUAGGAGGACAAAAGCAUAUGGACAUUGGAGAGUGGUAAACCAAAUGAAGGCAUUUUAAAAAUUGUACUGCAAUCUUUAUUGAAUAUUACAAGUGCAGAAUAUACCAUAUGGACCUGUAUGGUGGAUCAGAGAGCAAGAGUGCAGAUCAAGGGGUAGAAUUUUACAUGUAACAGCCUAUUUAAAUUGGCUGUAACCUACUUUCUAACGUUGUAAACCCAGGUUCUGGGAAACGAGAGAUGGAAGCAGCGAUUUUACCAACACUUCAGCUAGGUGUUUGACAUUGCAAGAGAGAAAUAUAGGGGAAAGCCUGAGACACAUACUAUAUUUAAAUUCUUCUUUGUAGAAAUAAAGAUUAUUUUUGUAAAGCGUGCUAACUUUCUUAAGCAAAGCAUUAAAUAUGAAAAUUCAUAUGCCUUCUAUUGUAAUAUGCUAUAUUUUACCCAGGUUGCUGUUGAAGAAAUGUUGUUGGAAGUGAUUAUUUCAUUAAACAUAUUCAGAGAAAACA